AGGGAGGUCUGGGAGCAUGCCCUGCUGCUGGGGCUGCUGCUGGCCCAGCCUAGUGGCCGCCCUGAGCUCGGUGCUGGUGGCCCUGGGGCUGCUGCACCUCCGCUGGAACAGCCUCCGCCCCAUCCCUUACGGCAAGCACGGCCAGGAGCCCCAGUCCCCGGAGCCCCAGCCCCCGGAGCAGCACCUGUCCGCCCGCCGCGCCUGGUUCCUGCAGGAGCUACCCGCCUUCCUGGUGCCGGCGCUGCUCCUGGCCGCCCGCAGCCCCCCCGCGCCUGGCGCCCCUCGGUGCAGGAUGCUGGCCGGCAUGUUCUGCACCCACUACUUCUACAGGACAUUCAUUUAUUCAUUCCUGACAAGAGGCAGGCCCUUCCCAUUGAAGAUGCUGUAUUUUGGUGCGCUGUUCUGUACCUAUAAUGGUUUCCUUCAAGGUUACUACAUGAUUUACUGUGCUGAAUACCCUGAUGACUGGUGCAACAACUUAAGAUUUACUUCAGGCCUCUUGUUGUUUCUGUUUGGCAUAGGAAUCAAUAUCCAUAGUGAUCACCUUCUACGCCAACUAAGAAAACCUGGAGAGUUCACAUACAAAAUUCCACAAGGAGGACUCUUUGCGUAUGUAUCAGGAGCAAAUUUCUUUGGUGAGAUAAUAGAAUGGUUUGGCUAUGCUAUAGCAACCUGGUCCCUACCUGCCUUUGCCUUUGCUCUUUUUACACUCUGCUGCAUUGGGCCACGUGCUUACCACCACCACAGGUACUAUGUUAGGACCUUCACCUGCUACCCAAGAUCAAGAAAAGCCUUGAUUCCUUUUAUUUUCUGAAAGGCAAUUAUCUGGAAGUUGUUUUUUUUUAGUGUCAAUUUACUAUCUUAUUUUAUUUUUAGCAUUAUUAUUUAGUGCAACAUGCCAUUGUACAUUUCAAAGGGAAAUAAUCUAUCAUUGUGUAAUAUUGCCAUGUGCUCUGAGUUUUUGCUGUAUAUAGAUAAUUAUAUCUUUACCACAAAUGGAUAGUAUCUUAGGGCCAAAUUAGAAGCCAUAGACUGUUCUGUUACUUUCUUUCCAACUGUUUAAACAAAAAUCUACAGCAUCAACAGUGUGGUUUGGUACUUAAUUCUUUUCCACUGCACCAUUCUUCUGCUCCCCUGGUGACUGCUUUCCUCACUAUGGGAGAAAGAAAUUAUAUCUCUGCAUCUUUUAUCUACUGGAUGGAAAAGCAAUCUUGUGAUGACCAGAAAUAGAAAAUCAUGGUGUUCUAGGAUAGAUCUGAAGGGAAACACAUCUAGCCUUCUUAGGCUGAGCUGGGAUCACAAGAACUUGGAUAGUUUCACAUUCAUGUUUUGCAUCAACAGAGAGUCAUUUGAGGCCUUAUAUUGUCCUUCCAGGCUCCACCCUGUUCUUGAAGAAUGGGAAACCUUCAAAUAAUAGACUUUGAGCCUGAAACUUAUCAUUUGCCAUCUCCCAUCAUGUGCCUUGUCUGUACUGCUGAGGAAGCCACGGGGAAUGGGGGCCUCUUAAGGGAUACAAUACAGAGCUUGUGAGGAGGGGGGGUCAUUUUUUGGAGUUCAGCUCCGAGAAUCCCACUUCUGUUUGGGUGUUGGGAUUCAGUACCUUCUCCAAGUUCUGGCUCUUCAGAGGCAGCCAUCUUUGGGAUUCACAAUUCGGGGUUCUUUGACUGAUGUGGUCUGGACAAGAUUCAGUGUUAGGAAUUGGCAGCCAUACCUCUGCAACUUGCAGUGUUAGGAAUUGGCAACUCACCCAAUCUAAAGGAAUUCUACUUCUUUCUGUCAGAAACCUGUCAAGUGGUGGCUGGCUGAUCCCAUAUUGGCCAAGCAUUGAAUCCAAUCCAGGCUUUGCUUGUCUUUUAAAUGAACUCUCCUUGGUACUGAAUUCUAUACACAAAAUAGGUUCAGUACCAUGGAUCUCUCCUUUGGACUAAAAUUCAGAAUGCACAGAGAUUGGAACCAUUCGUUGUUACUGCUCCUGUCCACUACUCAGGAUCACAACGAGGGACUGGAGGACUUUCAGUGGCUAGAUCAUAGGAAAAGAAAAAGUUAAGAAGGCUUCUCCAACCCCUCCCCUUACCUCUAGUUGUCUGCUCAACCCAUGAUUUUUGCAAAGGUGCUUUUCAUUAGAAAGCACGACAACCCUGAAAGGAGAAAAAGCAAAUCAUGGGAAACAUGAAGUUUGGCCCUUAAGUUAUAAAGUACAGCUGCCCUUCAACAUGUUAUUCCCCCCCCCCCAUCUUCAUUACAGAGAUUGCCAGUCAGGAGUGUGCUUUGGAAGAAUGACUGUACUUUUAUCACUGCCUGUCUGUACCAGCCACUGCAGGAGCCAUUAUAGUUAAGAAAAUUUUAUCAGGAAGGAAAAAAAUUAGUGUGGGGGUAAUUGUAGCCCUACUAUUAAACUCCUGUGUUCUUUCCCAUAAACACCGAGAGAUAAUUCCACAAAGUAGUGUUUGAUUCCAAGAUCUCUUGAUGGUGGGAUACACACACACACACACACACAAAAGCUGGGUUGUUAUUGGAACUAAUUAGAAUCAAGAAUGGGUGUAGUGUUCCAAAAGCACACAAAUAAUUAAAUUGGACGUGCCAUUCCCUUGUAAAACAUGGUUCAUGAACUGACUAUGAACUCAUAUAACAAAACUUAUUAUUGCAAAACUUAUUGCAAACUCAGACUACAGUUGUGCUAAAAGGCUUGUUUAGCAGUCUGUUUUAACAGAACAAUGUCAUAGCAUCUUAGAUUAUAUGAUGUGUAUGUUUGUUUAUGGUCUGUUUAUUCAUGAUCUGUUCAAGAUAUCCUCUAGCUCUUCCGAAUGCUGUGGGAUUUUUUUAAAAAACAUAUGCUUUUGUUUAUAUUGAAAGACAAACCAUAUCAUGUGCUCAGCCAUAAUAAUAAUGAAAUAUAAUAAAGCAUCUACAAAUCACUUGGCAUUGUAUAAAAUAAAGCAGGCUCUUCCCUAUAGGCGUAUAUUUUAAGAUACAACAAAACACAUUAUAAAGAAAGGAAAAGUUCACUUGGCUUGGGAAAUCAGUUAGCAUGUCAAACUGUUAAUCAUGAUUAGAACUGACUAAGCAUAACACUGCAUAAGUUGCUUCCUGUUCAUAGAACUGAGAAAGAAAUACCAAUCUGCACAUUCUGUUUAGGAACGGGAGUCCAACAACACAGGAGGACUAAAAGUUUCCCAUCACUGCUUUAAGGAUUUUAUUUAUUUAUUUCAUUUAUAGCCCACCUUUCUCCCAAAAUGGGAUUCAAGGCAGUUUAUAAUAUUUUUAAAAGGUCUAGCUAAAACAUUAAUUUCCAAACAUUUUAAAAAAUUAAAUAUGUUUUAUUAAAAACAUGAUUAAAGACAGCUAAAAACACUAAAACACAUAUAUGUUGGAAGCAAUGGCAGUUAGUGGCAGCCAUGUAAAUUGGGCAGUGAAUCUGCUCCAGGUUUUAGUCCAAACAUCAGCUGAGAUAUUCAAGGUCCUGAACCUAUUUUGAGGACAGGAUUGAGCACUUUGUUAGCUCUUCAGAGUGAAACCUGGAAUGGAUUUACUGCUCCACUAGAAGACACCAGCUGCUACUGCAAGGAAACAUGCUUCUGUCCUUCUGAAUUUCCAGAGUUUGAAUUCUUACUUCAAAAAGCAAUGUAUUACUCAUUGGUCAUUUUUACAAGCAACAUGUUACUUGUGACUGUCAUGUAACAUAAUGCAUUAUUAAAAUGAUGCUGUCUGUGUUUAAUUUUUCAUCUGGAAAAUUACCCAAUCUUGCAAAGACACAGUUUCUGCAAUAAAAAAAUAAGUGUGACUCAUUAUGUAUUUUAAAAAACCUAAUAUUUGCCUCUUUUUCAUUAAAAUAUUUAAAGUAAUGACCCUCAUCCAAAAAUGCAAUGAGUGAUUAUAUUACUUUCAUCCCAUUACUUCCACACUCUGAAGACUCUUUAACCAUAUUGAGGCUAUA